AUGUCCAAGAAGUCCCCGGGAGAUUUCAUCAAGCAGGUCUUGGGCCGCCCCGUCAUCGUGAAGCUGAACAAUGGCGCAGACUACCGUGGAAUCCUGGCCUGCCUUGACGGCUACAUGAACCUCGCCAUGGAGCAGACAGAGGAGUAUGUGGACGGUCAGCUCAAGCACAAGUACGGCGACACCUUCAUCCGCGGAAACAACGUUUUGUACAUCAGUGCGCAGCCGAGGACCAAAUGA